UUCUCUCCCUCUCCCCCUGCAGGACAGAGUCUUGGCUACGGAUUUGUAAAUUACGUCCGGCAGGAUGACGCCGAGAGAGCCAUCAACCAGCUUAACGGUCUACGUCUUCAGAACAAAACUAUAAAGGUGUCGUACGCCCGCCCGAGCAGCGAAGCUAUCAAGGGCGCCAACCUGUACGUGUCGGGGUUGCCCAAGUCCAUGACGCAGCAGGACCUGGAGGGCAUGUUCAGGGCCUACGGCUCCAUCAUCACCUCGCGGAUCCUGUGCGACAACAUCACUGGCCUGUCGAAGGGCGUGGGCUUCAUCCGGUUCGACCAGCGCAUCGAGGCUGAGCGCGCCAUCCAGAAGCUGAACGGCACGAUCCCCGACGGCGCCGCGGAGCCCAUCACCGUCAAGUUCGCCAACAACCCUUCCAACAACAACAAGGCUGUCCCCCCCCUGGCCGCCUACCUCUCGCCCCUGACCCGCCGCUACGGGGGCCCCAUCCACCACCCGGCCGGCCGCUUCCGCUACAUUCCGCUCUCCCCCCUUACCAGACAUUCCUUGGUGUUCCCUCAAGUGAAAACGAUAGAUUCACUGCCGGAGGAGCCCUCAAAUCUUGCACAAGAUAUGAAAAGCAAGUUAGUGACGCCUGCGGGAGCUGCACGCAGGGGUCGAGAUCCUCAAAUGGCUUCCGGGGAUGAUGAUCCUGACCCAAGGUAUUCCCCAGGCUCGGGUGAUAACCUGCUGGGGAACUCCCUCCUUCCCGGCAGCGCCCUCAACGGCUCCGGCUGGUGCAUAUUCGUGUAUAACCUGGCCCCCGAGACCGAGGAGAACAUCCUGUGGCAGCUGUUCGGGCCCUUCGGCGCGGUGCAGAACGUGAAGGUGAUCCGGGACCUGCAGACCAACAAGUGCAAGGGCUUCGGCUUCGUGACGAUGACCAACUACGACGAGGCGGUGGUGGCCAUCCAGUCGCUCAACGGCUACACGCUGGGCAACCGCGUCCUCCAAGUGUCGUUCAAGACCAACAAGCACAAGAGUUAAGGUGGUGGUCCCUCCAGACGUCCGGGCUCCAGCCGCCGUGCCGCAGCCCGGGGGCCGGCUGCCGCGCCCUCCCCCGCGGGCGGCGCGCCACACGGCCCCCGACGGCGUGGCCAGGACACGGGGGCCAUGUGCUAGUCAGGGCCUCGCGAGGACCCCGGGCGACCCACUCCGCUCCCCGGCAGCAGCAGCAGCAGCAGCAGCAGCGCCCGGUUCGCGUGGGCCGGCCCGGGCUGGGGCCAUGGCCACCAGAGGUCGCCGCGGCCCCUGGGUCCCGCCCCCUGCUGCCCGGACUGGGCCCCUCCCCCUGCCGCCGCGCGUGGCGGGGGGAGCGCGGAGGGCGUCUGGCGCCCGCACCCCGCCAUCCAAAUAUAUGUAUAUUAGAACGUACUUACUACAAACACUUUAUCAAGAGUCAUAUGAUCGUAUUAUCCCAAAGCAGAACUAGUCGGCUAAGUGAGUAUGUAUCACAAGGUGCUAGUUGCACUAAGGCCAGUAGUGGGCUCGGUCCCGAGUGCCGCUCUUCGCUGAUAUCAUUAUACUGUAAGUUGUCAAGUUGUCGAGUCCUCAAAACCGCGAGUGUGAAUGGGUUCGCGCUGACCGCGGCGCACGCGGGCGGCGGCCGGGCCGGGCGGCGGGCGCGGGGGGCGCGGGGGGCGGCGGCCCACGUCGUGCGCCCGCCCACCGCUGCCGCGGCGCCCGCCCACGCGCCCACCGCCGCCGCCCCGCCUGCGCGCGCCGGUCAUGCGCUCUUAUUUAUUGAUAUUUAUCUCAUAUUUAAUGCUAAGUGUAUUUUAUUGUCUUUACUAAUGUACACUUAAGAGAGAAAAGUGUAACGGAAUUAUGUUGCCAGUCUGUGGAAAAUAGUCAAGUAUUUUUUGUGUUGAUUUAUACGAUGAGUAUCAAUAGAAUCUCAUUUUUUUUCCUUCGACUUCUCUUCUCCUCUUCUCCGCCUCCUCCUUCCUUCCCCCCUUUCUCUCUUCCCGCUCUUGUUCUCGUUCUUAUUCUUUUUAGGUUGUGCCUCUUGCUUGGUAGUCACGAAAGCAAGGAUUCUAGUCCUGAAUUAAGUCAGUUUAUGUAUUUCGUAGGUUAAUUUUCCUAGGAGUAGUGUUCAUGUUCAUGAAUAAUUUACAUGUGAGGAAAUGAUAUGUUUCUUGCAUCUUCUGAUUGUGAGAUUUUCAUUUUUAUUUUAUUUUUUUUCCUCUUUGUUUUAUUUCUUUGUAAUACACCCAAAUGUCAAAAAUCACCAUUUUAGUUCUGAAUGGCUGGGAAAAUAAAUUUAGUUUGUUUAUUUGA